CCAUGUGUCGUACCAAGUCACAGGACAUCUAGCAGCCUUUCGUUCACGACGCAUUUUGCCUUAGCCUUUUACCGCGACUUAACGACUACCAACAUGAUGAAAUCUGUCGGUCUUGUCCUUCUUCUCAUUGCAGCCUUUGCCUACUCCGGUGUUGAAGGCGGUUCAAACUGUGGGUCUUCAGUGGCGAAAGCCAUAUUUGAGAAUAAAGUCCUCAAAGAUGCCUUGAACGCCUGCAAGUCGGAUCGUAUGGGAAGUGCAGCCUUGACUGCCCUCGCAGCCCAAGCUACCUGCAAGGACUACGAGUUCAACGAGGCCAAUGGCGGCAAGUGCGAAGAAGUUGCAGCUCCCUACAUGAAAUGUGUAGCUGGAAAACUUGGUUACUUGAAUUAUGGUGGCUCCAUCAACUACGCAAAGAUCUUGGACCAGUACAGGAGUUACGCCGUCGCUGGCGGUACUCUCUGCAAAAAUCAGUACGACAACGGUGUGCGGGUCUGUGGCACUACCAUCAGCAACUACGCGUUCCUGGGAAAGGCCGGAUGCAUCAUCACGGCGAUGUACCAGUCUGGGUGACUUGCGCAAUCUGGCCCUCAUUCCUUUAUCUGACUGGCGGCUUUGAAGUGUUCACAACAGGUUGAAAAAGUUUCUGGACACUUCAAAAUGGGAACUUGGAACUUUUACACAGCUUGGACGAAAUAAUUUACAAUAUAUUAUGUGCAUGA